CUUGAAUCCUACACACCUGCAGCCUGAUUACAUUCACAUCGAAACAAGAUUUUCCACACAAAGAUGACACAACAGAUGCAAAACCUCCAGCUUACACAAUCUAAAAAAAUAAGUGCCCCAUCUUCUCCAAAUGCAGCAAAACGUUUGUAUCGAAAUCUGUCUGAAAAGCUGAAAGGGAGCCACUCCUCGUUCGAUGAGGCUUAUUUCAGAGCCAGAGCUGACCGUUUCCGUAAACCAUCUGUGAACUUUCAGUGCAAUGAAGCCCUGUUCGAGGCAGUGGAGCAGCAGGACCUGGACGCUGUACAGAUUCUGCUGUAUCAGUACACGUCAGAGGAACUGGAUCUAAACACUCCCAACAGUGAAGGGUUAACUCCACUUGACAUUGCAAUUAUGACAAAUAAUGUGCCUAUUGCAAGGACCCUCCUGAGAGCUGGAGCCAAGGAAAGCCCGCACUUUACAAGCCACGAAAGCCGGUCUUUGCACCUGAGCACUCUGGUUGAAGAGGCCCAGCAGAGAAUGAACGAAUUAUCAGCAAAGAUACAAAACGAAGGUUUAGGGGUCGACAGCAACGACAAGGAGAAACAACUAAAGUCUUGGGAGUGGAGAUACCGCCUGUAUAAAAGGAUGAAAACUGGGUAUGAUCAUGCAAGAGCACCGGAGGCACCAACCAAUGUCUGUCUCAUGGUAACAAGCAGCACAUCACUCACUGUGACUUUCCAGGAGCCUUUGAGCGUUAACUCCGCUGUGGUGACCAAAUACAAGGUUGAAUGGAGCUGCUCCUCAGAUUUCAGUCCCGUAGCUGGAGAACUCAUGGUGGAUAAUCUUCAAUCAUUGAGAUGUACUGUUACAGGCCUGCGUAUGGGGCAACUUUAUUAUGUUCGAGUUUCUGCCUGUAACAUGAAAGGAUGGGGACCUGCUGAAAUCUCCACCCCAGUAUGUGCCGCUCCUUCCAACUGGAAAGACUGCGAUGGACGGGAGUGCAGGCAGAAGGGGCAGACUGAAGCAGUGGAUCGUCUCUUUCAGCAAGUUCGAGCUGUUCAUCAACAUUACAGCUGCAGAGACGCCAGUGCGAAAUUACAAAACCCCAGCCGCAAGCAGUCCGUCUCCAGAAGCCUGAAGCAUCUUUUCCACUCAUCAAAUAAGUUUGUCAAGACACUGAAGAGGGGUUUAUACAUAGCCGUUAUAUUCCAUUACAAGGACAAUAUGCUGGUAACUAAUGAGGACCACAUCCCAAUCGUGGAGAUUGAUGAUUCCUGCACCAGUUCCAUUAUGCAAGACUUCCUCUGGUUUACAAAGUUGUCGUGCAUGUGGGAUGAUAUACGAUGGCUACGGCAGAGUAUGUCUAUCUCCAUGUCUUCAUCCACUGCACUCCAAGCCCGGCAGAAGAUGUUGGCAGCGACGGCCCAGCUUCAGAAUCUGCUUGGAACUCAUAAUUUAGGUAGAGUUUAUUACGAACCCAUUAAAGACCGACAUGGAAAUGUUGUCAUAUUGACCAUCAGGGAGGUAGAAACAUUGUAUUCCUUUUUUAAUGGUAAAUGGAUGCAAAUUUCCAAACUGCAAAGCCAGAGGAAAUCCCUUUCAACUCCCGAAGAACCAACAGCUCUGGACAUCUUGCUUAUAACUAUCCAGGAGAUCCUGUCUUAUCAGAAGCGAAGCCAGCAGCGUUUGCCUCCUGGUUUAUACCUGGGAUACUUGAAACUGUGCAGUUCUGUUGAUCAGAUCAAGGUCCUGGUCUCACAAAGACUUCCUAAUAUGCUGUGCCAUGUCAAAAUCCGUGACAACAGCAAUGUUUCCAGAGAGGAGUGGGAAUGGAUUCAAAGUCUUUCUGUGUCAGAGUCUGUUGACAGCGUGGACCUAUCCAUGGAUGAGCAAGCUCCACAGUUACUCUAUGAUCUCCAGCUGGCAGUAAAGGCCUUGCUGAAACUGAUAAAUCUACCUCUACACCAGGCCAAGCACUUCCGUCUGUACACACAGGAGGUGUUGGAGCUAGGUCACAAUGUCUGCUUUCUUCUCCUCCUUCCUGCUCCAGAUAAUGUUUGCAGUGCUCCAGGACAGAGUAACCCUUACACCCCACACUCAGGAUUCCUUCACCUCCCCCUUCAGAUGUUCGAGUUAGUUCACUUUUGCAGCUACAGAGAGAAGUUUAUUAGCCUGUAUUGCCGACUGUCUGCUAUAGUAGAGCUGGACUCCUUAAUUUCCCAGCAGGCUUUGAGAGAAGCAAUUUCAGAUGAUGAAGUUGCAACUGCCAAGCAAAGACACCAGCAAGUCUUAGAUUAUAUCCAGCAAACAGAUGAAAAAUGGCGUGAAAUGCGCUGGAUAAUGGACGCCCUUCAGUAUGCACGUUAUAAACAGCCCAUCACUGGUUUGCCAAUAACAAGAUUUAUAGACCUCUCUGAAGAUCAAAGCCAAACGAAGAAUAAUUCCACCUCCUCCCACCUCGACUGCCUCCCAUCCCCGUCUCCAUCACCAGAAAUGCACCGUAGAAAAACUGCAAGUGAUUCACAAACAUACUCUGAUGAAGAAGGCUGCUCUGAAGUAUUUCUACCAACAGACAGCGACUAUGAUUCCAGUGAUGCAUUAAGCCCAAGGGAGUUGGAUUUAGUUUAUUCAUCUGCUACGGACAUAUCUCAGCAAGCAAUGUCUGGUCUAAGCGGCAGUGCCCCUGACGUCCUCCAGGUGCACGACAUGAAGCCCUGUUUGACCUUGAAGGAAGAGUGCACCAAUUUUGACUCCAAUACAGAGUACUGCACAAGGCACAUGGACAACCUCUCUGUGAUGGGUUUCCCUUCCAAGACCAUGGACAAAUCAUCCAACUCAAAGCAACACUUAGGCCUUUUAGGGAAAAAGAAGUCAGGGAAGCAUCAACAUUGCAACUACUUUAGUCGGCAUCACCGCUGGCUGCGGGUCCACAGUGAAUCCCAAUCUGUGUCUUUAUCUGAAGGAAUCUAUACUCAGCACAUGUCUCGAGCGGUGGAUUUUAAUGAAGAGCCUACCUCUGGUGAACACAUAACCAUUCCAGUAGAUAUCCCCCGUAGUACUUUUUUACCUCAUGCUUCUAGCCUGCCCGAAGAGGGCAAAACAAAGUACAACGAAUCCAAAAUGAAUGUGCGCAGAAUUUAUGUAGAGCCUUACAAACAAACUCUGCCAGAAAGGGAGAGGAAAACGUGGACUGUGGGCAUCGAGGGAUCACAGCUACCUGCCAAGGAACCCAGCUUGCAUGUUCUAUCAGGACAAGAUAUGGAACCUGACGAGAAGACCAACUUGCAGCUCGCAGAAGUGUGCAGUAGCACAUUAUGAUGAUAUAGGACAGAGGUAGAAAUAAGACAAUGAAUA